CCACAUUGUUGUGACCCGCCUUGGAGGUCUAAAGGUGACGCCACCCCUUUCAUGUGUUCGAAGUUGUGCGAUGCGUUCCACGGAAGGCUUAGCGCUGCUUAUCGGAUGGCUCGACGUGAGGCGGAGCGCGGGAGAGAGGCUGGUGGAGAGCCAGGGGCUGAUUCCCCUCCAACAAGCCAAUCCGACGACACAGAAUGAGCGCGCUCAUGGCCGGGACUCCCGAGGGAAGAGAGACGCGUCUUGCGUCCCGCGGAGAGUCCCUUGCGCAAGAGCAGAAAGUCGAGGGCAGAGAAGGAAAAUCUCCCAGCACGCCGAGUUGCCUGGAUUCUUCUGUGGAGGUUUAUUGAUUGAUUCGUUUGUCUGCUUAUCUUCUCUCUCGUCCCCAAAGCAGCCUCUCCAAAGCCAGAUGGCGCGGACCUGUUUCUUCUUGCCUUUGUAACACCGAGCCUCCCUGCAAAAUAUCGCAGACCCCGGAAAGAGGCGACGCGCGCGUGCAGUUCUUUCCCCGAGCGGCGCUGCCGCAGACAGUCCAGUCUCCGCGGAGAGACUGGGGAGAGAAAGUCACGUCUGGAAAUCCGUCUGGGGCUCCGUUUCCUCACCCCAGCCUAGCGGGAGGAUCAAAGGGAAAGGCUUCCUUCGCGGCGGAGUGCGGGGGGAGUCAGAAGUUCCCGAUUUGUAUUUUCCUUCCAUCAGCACCCACCCUCCAAAAAAAGAAAACACUUUCGGCUUAGGAUUCGCCCAGAAGCCAACCGAUGCUCCAGAGAAGCCCUCGCUCCACAGCAAGGAAGGGAACCGUCGCCGGACCGCCAAAAAGAUGUCAAGGAAGAAGUCGCUUCUUCUGGCGGACGUGGAUUUGUCAUGAUCUUGGGGGCAACUCUCCUUGGAAAGCCCUGCGGGGAUCUAGGACCACUUCCCUUCGGAGCAAGUGAGUGAUCGCCUGCCUCUGUUUGGCGGGCCGGGGAGAGAGAUUUACCUCCGCCGCUUCUUGGGUCUUGGCCUCCCCGGGCAGGUCGGGCUUUUCCUGCUGGAGUUGCCAACUUCCGCCUCUCCACGCGACCGGUCCUCUCGAGACGAACCGAGAAGGAAGGGCAGCAAGAAGAUUGAGAGGCGAGAGAAACUUGUUGCCUCUGAUUGAGCCUGGCUCUUGCCUUAUGCGAUCUUCAUGGAAUAUUUUUAAAGGAAAUAACCCGACCCUUUCCCCAGAACAGAAAGUGGCUGCCUGGCUUGAAAAGCAAACACGAAAAGCCCACCCGGUGACUUCCCUGAUGUGCCCUAAGGAAGAGCUCUGAACAGGACAAUGUAUGGGCAAUUUCUCAAUUCCACCAGCAUGACUGACCCUCACCUCCUCAUGCAGACCAACACGCCCUACGUCGGGAGCACCCAGAGACCCGUCAGCUCGUCGGCUCUUUACAUGUCGACCGCCCGGGCGUUAAAAGAAGGCGAGAUCAAUAAGCCGGAUCUGGUGACUUACAUCGUCCUGUUCUUCUUCCUGCUCCUGGCGGUGACCAUCAUUGUACUUUUCAUUAACUGCCAGCUGAAGAAUUCUUUUUUCGCCUCUCUACCUUACGACAGGUCGCUGAGAGAAGCGAGGAGCCCGUGGAAAACGCAAGCUGUUUAAUCCUCAGACUUAGGAAAUUGGGGAGGGGGAGAGAGAGAGAAAGUCUGAUAUGAGCUUUGUUGCGAUAUACAGUACAAGGGUCUUGUGAACCCAGCGCACUGUAUAAUGGCAUCCUGUUUUCAUUUGCCCCCGGGCAAAAUCCUGCCACAUAUAAAUAUGAUUUUUCUUAAAGCAAGCAAGAGGAAACAUUGUCCGAAGGCGGGUGGUGAGGGAAGAGAUAAUAACGUGGACUGUCUGAGGCAUGGCAAACAAAUGGAUGUAAAUAAAAAGAGCUAAUGUGGAUUUAUAUGAGUAAGGUGUUGUGAUGUAUCUCAAGGUACACAGACCACGGUAUUUCAGACUGCAGCUUAAAAGCCUGAAUGCAAAUUUCAACAUUGACAAAGUUCAGUUUUCAUAUAGUGAUGCUUGCACUGAUUACAAAGACAUGCAGUUACCCUCUGGCGAUGGCAUUACUGACUAUGCUUGUGAAACAUGGGUGGUAGCCAGCAUGAACGUAGGCAAGAUUUAACAGAACCAAGUUAUCUGUGAUGCAACUGGUUAGUUAAGUAUUUUUUAUUUAUUUACUUGAUUUGGGGGGCUACUGUCCAUGGCUAUGCCCAUGGUAGCAAGUGAUAGUCCUACUCAGAGUAGACCAAUUGAAAUUAAUGGAUCCAAUGGGUCUACUCAAGUAGGACCAACAUUGGAUACAACUAUAUUCUUAGCAGCUCUCCGCCAAGGAAAUUAGGGGGUUUUUUUCCAUUCACCCAGAACUCUCUAGUAUUCAUAUGUGGGGGAGGGGGCAGAGAGAGCCCAUUCUGAAAUCUCAGGUCUGGCUGGAUGCCUGCUAUGGUUACAUCAACUGGCAUUACUGAACCUUUGUCUAUGGUGUUAAAUUUUGAGGUUAUAAUUAGGUUUGUAUCGUUAUUCUCUGCAUUAUUCUGCAAGGUGUUGAGCAAGGCAACUUGAGCUCAAGCAUGUCAAACCAAUGAGACAGAUAAGGCCUCCAAGGAAUAAAAUAUAAAACCCACAAACCAUGACUAUCCACCACUGUCUAACUAACUAAAGAAAAGGGGGAAUUCCAUAACUUUUUGCAGUUUGUUUCACUGCACAAACACAUUUCCCCCUAAGUCUGUUCAGACUUUUUAUCUUACAUAUGUUGCCCUUUUCCUUGUUAAGCCAAGGAAAAGAUCUGCGACUUUAAACUAAUAAUGGUUAAAUGUUUACAAGGGCAUAAAAUUACUCAAUUAAGAAUUGAAAUGAACUGGAGGAGGAUGACUAAUAAGUAUGUUGUCACCUAGUGAGGUGUGUUUUUUUAAGGAAAGAGAGGGAGAACGUUAAGCCACUGGUGCAAAAUUCAAAAAAUAGAAAGAAAAAAAACAUAUUAAACUGGUUAAUUCAGUACUAUUAAGGCUACAAUUCUAACCAUGUCAGCGCAAGAGGAAAGCCCCACUGCAUUCUGUAGCGCUAACUCCCAGCUAAAUAGGUUUAGGAUUACACCCCGGCCCCUUUUUUGUUCCAGGAUUAAGGCACAAGAUUAUUAUUAAAACAGACCAGCCUACUCGUCAGUGGUCAUAUAACUGCUAUAACUAGCUGAUAGAUAGGUUGCUUCCAUCACAAACCACAAGUGAGUUUUUAACUUGCUCAUCAGCACCGUGGAGGGCACUGGAGUUAUUUCGGGCUUUGAUCUGUAACCUCAAGUAUUCUAACAUAAACCUGCAUUUUGAUGACCUGUUAUCACUAGGAUUCAAAGAUCCUUGCCAAGACAUGGACAUGAAUGAGCACAUUUCAAUACGCUGACGUAGUACACAUGGGGUGUCAAUUCAGCUAUUCCAGUGUGAAAUCAAUAUAUGUGAUAAGCAUAUCAAGCAGCACAAACAUAAGAUGCAAGUACAAUUGUUACAGCUUCUUGUGCCUGUGUUGCUCCUUAGCGAUUGAGGAGGCUACAGUGAUAAGAAUGUCAGUGGGUGUGUCUGUUGGAUAUGUCGGUCUACACAUCAAAAUGACAACAUACAUACAAGUGCAGAGGGUUUAAAUCAAAUCUAGACCUCAACAAGCUGGCAACUAAUCUAGGAUUGCCGCAGAUCACCAUUUAUUGAGCAAUAGUAAUAUAUUUUAGAAAAUAAGGGAGCAUUUUGUAUGGCUUUUCUCACUCGCAAGCACUGCAGUGGUGAGGAAUUCUACUUUUUCCACAAGACACACAGGUGUCAGGUUUGCUGUUGAUUCUGGGAACUAUAUAAAGAUAGUGUUCUGCAGAGAGUAACAGUUUGCAUGUAUAAGAGAUUCCUUCUAGGCAUACUCAGAUAAAGGAUUUCAGGCAGAAAGGCUUGAAUAUAUUCUGGAAGUGUUGGUUUGAAUUCUGCUGCUACUAAGGAUCAACAGUGAUGAGCUAA